UCGUCCCGAAGACAAUCAAUGGAAGGCUUGAAUGGAUAUACAUAUAUUUACUUUCUCCAAGGAGGAAAACAUAAACCAUUAGAAAAUCUAUGGAAGCCAUUAACCAUCUUUUAGUCUGCUAUUUCUUCUUCUCCCUCUUGAGAACCUCCACUUCACAAGACAGUACCAUUACUCCAAAUCAAUCCAUCAGUGACGGUGGCACUUUAGUUUCAGCUGACGGAUCAUUUCAAUUGGGAUUCUUCAGCCCAGGUAAUUCCAAAAGUCGAUACGUAGGAAUAUGGUACAUGUUAUCUUCAGAGACAAUUGUAUGGGUAGCCAACAGGAACGCCCCGCUUCACGAUCAUUCAGGAAUUCUUACGGUCACUGGUGAUGGAGUUCUUGUGCUUCUUAAUAGCACGAAUGGUAUUGUUUGGUCAUCUAAUGCAUCAAGACCCCCUGAAAAUCCAGUUGCACAGCUCUUAGACACCGGAAAUCUUGUUGUGAAAGAUGGAAAUGGGGACUUUUUGUGGCAGAGUUUUGAUUAUCCUUGUGACACACACCUACCGGGAAUGGAGCUUGGAUGGAACUUUGUAACUGGUCAAGGGAGGUUUUUAACAUCUUGGAAGAGCACGGAAGAUCCUGCUCAAGGUGAGUUUUCAAUACGUAUAGAUCCUCGUGGGCUUCCGCAAAUGGUUUUUAUGGAGGGAGCUAGAAUAAAGGCUAGAGCAGGAUCAUGGAAUGGCCUUCGUUUCACUGGAUACCUUGAAUUGAGAACGAAUCCGGUAUUUGAGUUUCAAUUCGUGUUGAAUGAGAAGGAGGUCUAUUACGGAUUCAAACUUCUAAACAAUUCUGUUUUCUCAAGAUAUGUGGUAAAGCCAUCAGGCGUUUCGCAACGAUUGAAUUGGGUGGAUCGGACACACAGUUGGGAGAUCUUCUCUACUUCCCAGGCAGAUCAGUGCGAAAAUUAUGGCUUUUGUGGUGCAAAUGCUACCUGCAACAUCAAUAACUCUCCUGUAUGUGCAUGCUUGGAAGGAUUCUUACCCAACUCUCCAAAAGAUUGGGAUUUAGCAGAUUGGGCUGCUGGGUGUUCUCGGAGGACUCUUUUGGAAUGCAAUGACACAAAUGGAUUCCAAAAGUACACGCGUGUGAAAUUGCCCGACACAUCUUCUUCCUGGUUUAACAAGACCCUGACCCUCAAGGAAUGCAAAGGAUUGUGUUUGAAGAACUGCUCCUGCACAGCAUAUGCAGAUUUUGAUGUCAGGGGGGAAGGAAGCGGUUGCGUGCUUUGGUUUGGUAGCCUCGUUGACAUAAGAGAAUACGCUACGGGUGGGCAAGACCUCUAUAUAAGGAUGCCUAUUUCAGAAUUGGAUCAUCUUGAGAAAAAAAGGCGCUUCAGCAAGAAGAAACUAGUAGCAAUUAUAGUCGGCUCAGCAUUACUAGUCGUGGGAAUGGCAAUAAUUGGAUUGGUCUUAUACAUAUGGAAGAAGAAACUCAGAAACCAAGGAACGACAAAAAGAAGUCAUAAGAAGGAUUAUGACAAUGAAGAUGGAAAGGAAGAUAUGGAGUUACCGAUAUUUGAUCUUACAGCCAUAGAUAAUGCAACAAAUAGUUUUUCAAAUAACAACAAGCUCGGAGAAGGUGGCUUUGGACCUGUGUAUAAGGGUAUAUUACUAGACGGGAGAGAUAUAGCUGUGAAGAGGCUUUCAAAGAGUUCUGGACAAGGAUUGAACGAGUUUAAAAAUGAAAUUAUUUUGAUUGCCAAACUUCAACACCGUAAUCUUGUGAAGCUUCUCGGUUGUUGCAUUCAAGAAAAUGAAAACAUGUUAAUCUAUGAAUACAUGCCCAACAAAAGCUUGGAUUCCUUUAUUUUUGAUCAUGCUAAGAGUAAAUUACUAAAUUGGCAUCGGCGCAUCCACAUUAUUCGUGGUGUUGCUAAAGGGCUUCUCUAUCUUCAUGAAGACUCUAGACUGAGAAUUAUCCAUAGAGAUCUCAAAGCUAGCAAUAUCCUCCUAGAUAACGAUAUGAAUCCAAAAAUUUCGGACUUUGGCCUGGCUAGAUCAUUUGGGGGAGAUCAAGAUGAGUCUAAGACCAAUUUGAUUGUUGGCACAUAUGGUUAUAUGUCUCCCGAGUAUGCUGUACAUGGACACUACUCAGUAAAAUCUGAUGUGUUUAGCUUCGGAGUUUUAAUAUUAGAAAUAGUGAGUGGAAAGAAAAAUAGGGGAUUUUAUCACAAAGGCAACCACCUUAAUCUUCUUGGACAUGCAUGGAAACUAUGGAUGGAAGACAAGCCAAUGGAACUGAUCGAUAGUUUGGUAGGUGAUAUGUGCACUCUAUCGACUGUAUUACGACAUAUUCAUGUGGGUCUGUUAUGUGUGCAACAAAGACCGGAAGAUAGACCAAACAUGUCAUUUGUGGUUCAAAUGUUGAGCAGUGAAAGUAAAUUGCCUAAGCCGAACCAACCAGGUUUCUUUACAGAUUCACCUAAAGCAGAUUCUUCAUCUACAAAGGGUGGAACUUAUUCAGGAAAUGAAAUCACCGUUACAUUGUUUGAAGCACGAUAAGUUCUAUUCAACCCCUUUCUCGAAGCUUUUCUGGGCAACCCACCAAAGGAUAAGUUGAAAUAGCAAGAAAAAAAGUAGUUACCUUUUCGGCAGUGCGAGUACCCACAGAUGCCACAGGUUUCAAAGAGAUUUCGAUAGUUUACCCACGUAAAUUAAGUUUGGAAAUCUGUUUUCGUGCUUAAACCAAAAAAUAUUCUUAUAUAUUAUUGUAGACUUUGGGUACAAAUGAAUUUGAAUUUAAAAUACAAAGAUCAUGGGGGGAAAGCUAGGUUGGUUAAAA